CUUGUUUCCAGUCGGCUUGUUUAUGUGAACGUACCAGUCUCGCCCAACUGCAAUUAUAGCGAAAAGAUAACCAGGUCGGGACAUGGAGUUUGCAGAGUUGAUAAAGACACCCAGGGUGGAUGGGGUUGUCCUACAUCGGCCUUUCAUGCCCACAGUGGAGGGGACACUGUGUUUGACGGGUCAUCACCUGAUUCUCUCCUCCAGACAGGACAACACAGAGGAGCUGUGGCUGCUGCACUCAAACAUUGACUGUAUAGAGAAAAGGUUUGUGGGGUCUCUGGGGAGCAUCAUAGUCAAAUGUAAAGACCUGAGGGUGAUCCAGCUCGACAUCCCUGGCAUGGAAGAGUGUCUCAACAUUGCCAGCUCUAUUGAGGCUCUCUCCACUCUUGAUUCACCCUCCCUGAUGUACCCUUUCUUCUACCGGCCCAUGUUUGAAGUCAUAGAAGACGGCUGGAAUUCAUUUCUUCCAGAGGAUGCCUUUAAAGAUUUGGAGUCCAUGACAGAUGAGUGGAGACUGAGUGAUGUCAACAAGGAUUUCAGUGUGUGUCCAUCAUACCCCCCUCUAGUGGCAGUGCCCAAAGAUGUUGAUGAUGACACACUGAGGAAAGUAGCCACCUUCCGACACAGUGGUCGUUUUCCAGUGCUUAGCUACUACCACAAGAAGAAUGGCAUGGUGAUGAUGCGAGCAGGGCAGCCACUGACAGGCACCAACGGGCGUCGGUGUAAGGAAGACGAGAAGCUGAUCAAUGCCACCCUGCGGCCAGGCAAACGCGGCUACAUCAUUGACACACGCACCAUCAGUGUUGCCCAGCAGGCCAAAGCUCGAGGGGGAGGAUUUGAGUCUGAGGCUAACUACCCCCAAUGGAGGAGGAUCCACAAGGCAAUCGAAAGGUCUAACAUCCUCCAGGAGAGCCUGAUAAAGCUGGUAGAGGCGUGUAACGACCAGUCGCACAGUAUGGACCGCUGGUUAAGCAAGCUAGAGGCCUCCAACUGGCAGACUCAUGUCAAGGAGAUCCUCACCACCGCCUGCCUGGCUGCGCAGUGUAUCGACAGGGAGGGGGCGUCGGUGCUCGUUCACGGUACAGAGGGGACAGACUCCACCCUGCAGGUGACCUCCUUGGCUCAGAUCAUCCUUGAUCCGGCCUGCAGGACCAUCAGAGGCUUCCAGGGUCUGGUUGAGCGAGAGUGGCUCAAGGCGGGUCACCCGUUCCAGCAGCGCUGCGCCCAGUCAGCCUACUCCAACAACAAGCCUCGACAGGAGGCGCCUGUCUUCCUUCUCUUCUUGGACUGCGUGUGGCAGAUCCUUCGCCAGUUUCCGUGCUCCUUUGAAUUCAGCGAAAGCUUCCUGGUGCUGGUUUUUGAACACGCCUAUGCUUCUCAGUUUGGCACCUUCCUGGGCAACAGCACAGCCGAGAGGGUCAAACUGUCUCUACCUGAGAAGACUGUGUCCCUGUGGUCGUGGGUGAACCGGCCCCAAGAACUGGAGCGUCUGACCAACCCGCUCUACGAGGCCAACAGUCUUGUGAUCUGGCCCUCUGUGGCCCCUCAGAGUCUGCUGCUGUGGGAAGGAGUGUUCCUUCGUUGGAACCGCUCAUCUAAGUGUUUGGACGAGGCCUACGAGGAAAUGGUACACAUAAUUGAAUACAACAAGGAGCUUCAGAACAAAGUGAACAGCCUGCGCAGGCAGCUGGCCCAGCUGGAGACUGAAGAUCCUCUGCUGCAGACGCCGUAGAGUGAGAGACAGAGAUGGAAGAGAGAGGUAGAAAAUGUGAAAAUAUAAUGAAACAGAUCAGUGUCGGCCCAAGUUUAGGCUUUAAAAUCAAAACAUUAUAAUUUGGGAUUGUGUCUAUAAUUGAUGUUACAUUUUGGUUUCCUGCACAGAUGAAAAAAAGAAAUAGAACGGCCCUAAACUGAGAUUAUAUUAUAACUGACCUCUCUACAGUUAUCUUUGUGCCCUGACACUUUGCGUGCAUACAGGAAAAAAACAUACAUUUAAAGCUAAUUUAUCAGGUUGUUUUAUUGAAACUAAGCAGGAGUGAGAGCGAAAAAAACAUGCUGUUAUUUCCUAAGAGUGCUGCUAAAAGCCAAACAUUCAUCAUCUCGUAGUUGUCUAAUACGGAGCUGAAACAAUCAGUCCCUCCAGGAUUUGUUUUUGGGUCUCUUGCGCCCUAAAAUGCCUGAUUUAAUUGCAGUUUUUCUAAUAAACUGCAAUGCAUGUUGCAGUGUUUUUUCUUUUUUUAAGGUAAAAAAUGCAAAAAUAGUUGUGGAUUUUUUUUGUAUAUUCAUUAUUAAUCGAACUUUAACCAGUGAAAGUUUGUAAUUGAUACUACACUAACCAUAAAUAUGUAAUCUAACUCAUUUUGAUACCUUCUGCAUGUGGAAUAGGUCUGGAUGCAACAGCCCCUGUCAUGGUAAUAUCUCUUGUCUGUCGUUGACCCAGUUUCAGCCAUUUUCUGAGUGUGUUUUGGGGUUAAAAAGGUGUGUGUGUUCCAUCACAACAUUGCACACUGCAAAACAGUUUACCCCCGCUUUCGUGCAGUAUGUCAGGGAACUGUCUUGCCCACUCUUAAGCAGUCAUUUUUGUUGGUGAGUGUGAGAUGUUCAUGCAUCUCCAUAAACAGAAACAAGGCAGUGAGUUUGGUGACGUUACGCCGGGGCUGCUGUGAUUGGUGAAACUCACAGGAAACUGCAAUGAUUGGUCGAAUUUGCGGAAAAGUUGCAGUGUUCCGUGAAAAUUGCAAGGUUGCGCAGAAUUCACAGGGAUCGUGACAUUGCAACAUCCUGGAGGGGCUGAUUUAUCAAUUAAUCAGUCGUCCAAAAAAUAAUUGGCAGCUAUUUAGGUAAUUGAUUUAACAUUUCAGUAAUUAUUUGAAGUAUACAUGCACUCAUUCACCGGCUCCAGUUCAUAAAACGUGAGGAUGUGCUGCUUUUCUUCGUCAAAAAUCACUGUAAAUUUAAUAUUUUUGUGUUUUUGGACUGUUGGUCAGACAAUAUGCCCAAUUUGAAAAUGUCAGAUUGGCAUUUUUUUCUCUUUUUUUGACAUUUCAUUAAUUAAGUAAUUAAUUAAUCAGAUAACUAAUCACUAGAUUUAAUGAUAAGGAAAAUAAUAGUUAAUUGCAUCCUUACUCUAUCAUGAGAAAAAAACUCUUCAGUUCCUAAACUAUCAGCUGAUUUUACAGUCACUAAUUCUCGUCAAACCCUCACAUCUCACACACACACACACACACACACACACACACAAAGAUACCUUAACAAUCUGAAUGACUCCAUUUUCUCUCAGUGUGUUCUAAUAGAUCACUAUAUAUGUUUGGGGGCACUGAUCUUUUUUAGGCCGGAAUACUGGAUGCUCAUUUACCACAGGGUACACGCUUUCACCAAACAUCCUGCUGAAUGUAAAUGCCACUGAAGCACUGCAGAGUAACUAUGGCAACAUAUAGGGUGCUAUAAGGCAGCAUGUGACUCUGCUGCACGAUGAGAUGAUGUAAUAAGCGUAGGUAGGGUCAGCACCUGCUACACCAUACGAAGAGAGCGGAGGCUUGGUUAAUGGGAAUCUGAUGGAAAUAUCUUGUAUAUAAAUAUCUGAUCAUUACUUGACAUUCCAGGAUGCAGCCAGCUGGAGGGAUUGAGACAGACUUAUUUAACAUAACCUUAUGAAAUGUUUGCUCACCUGGUUAUUUUUGGGCAAAAUUAUUAUUCUAUUCCAAUUUCAUUAUGCGUAAUAGUCGAAUAUGUGUGAGCGUAUGAGGAUUUGUUGCAGCAAUGUGUUGGUCAUAUUAUUAUCAGGAGACUUUACAGAGUUGAUGCAGGUUUGAAAAUAUAUUAAUGUGAGAUGUUGCUUCAAAGACCAAUUUAUAUUUUGGUAUUAAAGUUAUAUGAUAAAUGUUGUGUUCACGGACAUUAUGAAACAAGAUGCUUUCAAGUCGCUCAAGGUCCAAAACUAAUGCACUUUGUGUGAAAGGCAUAUACAGUACCAGAAACAGAUAAUUAUAAUUCCUGUAAUUAGCUUCACUGUUGUUGUCAGUGCUCACCAGCUGCCGCCAUAUUAGACAAUAUAUGUCUCAACAUUAAAUGUGAAAACAUGCCAACAUAUGCAACCAAACUCCAACUAUUAGACUUGAGUGUGUGCAGAUGACACCAACCAUGUCAGCGUCUUGUAGCCGCAGGACGCAAGGAGUCAUCAUACUGGAAUUCAUGACCAUGAAAGCCACAAAAACACUGCUGGUGCUUCUUCUGAAUCCUUAAUUGCACUUACAGAAGCAGCUCAACCUGUUUACAGCAACAUGACCUGAAUUUUGUUGGCAAAGUGACAUGAAAGCUCAUCUUUCAGUGCUGUGGGUGAUGGUAGUUUCCGUUAGCAUAUCAGGAAAGCUUUAUGCUGCACUUUAAAUACAAAAACAUGGCAGUUGUGGGAUAAAAUUAAACCCAUUGUGGUCAUCUUUGGCCAAUUUUGUGUGUUGGCCAGUAAGAAAUAGCAUUUUCUCUGCUCGUCCACGUCAUCUUCAUACAUUAAAUCUAUUUGCUUCAAGAAUGAUGUAAUAAUCACACUAAUUAAACUGAUUCCUGCCACUACAUUAAACUGCUUUAUAAAGGGACAGUCGUUCAUAGCUGCACUAUAUACAUGUUUUCCUUUUGCCAAAAAAAAAGACACCUUACCUACUGUUGCUUUUUAUGUGUGCACGCAUCGAACAAUGCAUUCAAUCAGGUAAUGGUGUAAAUACACGUGUGCAAAUUUCCUAUGCUUGCAUUAUGCAUUAUAUUAUGAUCGUUGCUUUGUCAAAGUCAAAUACUCUACUGUGUUUGUGCAAUGCCUUACUGCAAAAGUCUGAUUUCAAAAUAAACGUUUAAGUAAAUUAAUCACUGCUGAUCAGAUGUCUGUAAAAAUAUAUUAUUGUUGAAAAGAUUACAUGUUUUUUUUUUUUAAGUUUUCAAGACAUUAAAAAAUA